AUGGAACUAGACCUUCAAAAAAUGCUGUCACUUCGAAGCCAGUUUUCGACCACCUCAUCAGAUGCCGCUCGAGAUCAUGAAGAAGGCUACCGAAAGAUCGGAGCAGGAGCUUGCGGUGCAAUCUUUGCGGUUGAUGGAGAGCCAGCAGCGUUCAAAUUAGCAAAGGCAGACCAGGAGUCCCUGUGGAAUGAUUUCUGCAUGCAUAAGCUUAUCGCAGAGAACUUUCGCAAGUGGAAGUCUCGCAAAUGGACAUAUGCCGAUGUCAAAGUUCCCGAGUGUUACUACUUCGUGCCGAAAGACGAACAUCUCUACUUCGACAAGAAUCCCAGCCUGGUGGAAGCCGCCAAAGACACAUGCAACCUGCCAACAAGUAUUCUCGUUUCCGAGCGAAUUCUGCCACUCCCAAAGCCUACCCGCGACCUGCUCAUCGAGAAGUACUGUCCGCCCCAAGUCAAGCAAACGGCUCUCAACGAUGUCGCGAAUAAAGAUUGUCUAGUGCGACCAUAUCUCGGGUCAUUGAAGGGCAGACAGGGACGAUUCUUUUCGCUCAGAAAUUUCAAGAUGCAUCUGGAACAAAUGGCAGAGCUUCAGCUAGAUAUCAAGGAGCUGGCUGGCAAAAUGGCCACUGCUAUGGCGCUCAUGCACUGGGCUGCGAAAACCGAUGCUCGCGAUAUUGAAUUUGUUUUAGGCAGCUCAUCUCUGAAAGCUCAGGUCAAGAUGAGUGCUGAACAUUAUCUCAAUCUUCCAGGACCUGUUUACACUGGGCCUCCAUCACGCGUGCUUGGGGAUUUUUUCAUUUGCAUCACAGAUCUCUGGCUCCUAGAUUUCAACCAGGUACGACAAAUAUCUAUGGAUGAAGCCGGUGUUGCCAUGGCGAUUGAAGCCAUCAAACUGAAUGAUCCAUAUAUUCCGAAGCCUCUCCAAGGAUCGGAGAUUGAAAAGCAGGCAUGGGAUGAGUUUGUCAAGCAGUAUCUUGUUUCAGCCCAUGAUAUCUUACGAGAGGAGCCAAACUACAUGGAACUAUCGGAUCUGCCCGCCAUGUUCAUCAACGGAGUGAUUGAGGUUGAGAGAAAAAAGCAGGAAAAACGAGAUUGUGUCGCGGAGGAUAAGGAGUAA